CUUUGAGGAAGUUCCACGUCACAUUUGUCUGCCGUGCUGUGAACUCCAGCCGAAAAACACAUCAGCCUCUCAGUGGAUGAUUUAAAUAUUUGCAGCUGAAGGCGACCAGAAGCAGCGAUCGCAAACAUGCCUCUUAGGCUGGACAUCAAGCGUAAGCUCACGGCUCGAUCUGACCGUGUUAAAAGCGUAGAUCUUCAUCCAACCGAGCCAUGGAUGCUAGCUAGUUUGUACAACGGCAGUGUUUGUGUCUGGAACCACGAAACACAAACUCUGGUUAAGACGUUUGAAGUCUGUGAUCUGCCUGUAAGGGCUGCCAAGUUUGUGGCCAGGAAAAAUUGGGUCAUAACUGGUGCAGAUGACAUGCAGAUUCGCGUCUUCAACUAUAACACUCUAGAGCGAGUGCACAUGUUUGAGGCUCACUCAGAUUACAUUCGCUGCAUUGCUGUGCACCCUACCCAGCCCUAUAUCCUCACGAGCAGUGAUGACAUGCUGAUAAAGCUGUGGGACUGGGAGAAGAAAUGGUCCUGCAGUCAGGUGUUUGAGGGCCACACACACUACGUCAUGCAGAUUGUCAUCAACCCCAAAGACAACAACCAGUUCGCAAGUGCAUCGUUGGACAGAACCAUCAAGGUUUGGCAGCUGGGCUCCUCCUCUCCUAACUUCACUCUUGAGGGCCACGAUAAGGGAGUGAACUGCAUUGAUUAUUACAGUGGAGGAGAUAAACCCUACCUCAUAUCAGGAGCUGAUGACAGACUGGUCAAGAUUUGGGACUAUCAGAAUAAAACAUGUGUACAGACUCUUGAGGGUCAUGCCCAGAAUGUGUCCUGUGUAAACUUCCACCCAGAGCUACCAAUCAUUAUCACUGGAUCAGAGGAUGGCACAGUUCGGAUCUGGCAUUCUAGCACCUAUCGUUUAGAAAGCACCCUGAACUAUGGUAUGGAGCGUGUGUGGUGUGUGUCCGGCCUGCGGGGCUCCAACAGUGUGGCAUUGGGCUAUGAUGAAGGCAGCAUCAUUAUUAAGCUUGGUCGUGAGGAGCCAGCCAUGUCAAUGGAUACCAGUGGAAAGAUCAUCUGGGCCAAGCAUUCAGAGAUUCAACAGGCUAACCUCAAAGCCAUGGGUGAUGCUGAGAUCAAGGAUGGAGAGAGGCUGCCACUGGCUGUAAAGGACAUGGGCAGCUGUGAGAUCUACCCUCAAACUAUCCAGCACAAUCCUAAUGGCAGGUUUGUUGUGGUGUGUGGAGAUGGAGAGUACAUCAUCUAUACUGCAAUGGCUUUAAGAAACAAGAGCUUUGGAUCAGCACAGGAGUUUGUGUGGGCCCAUGACUCAUCUGAGUAUGCAAUUCGGGAAAGCAGCAGUGUGGUGAAGAUCUUCAAAAACUUCAAGGAGAAAAAGUCUUUUAAGCCAGACUUUGGAGCAGAAGGUAUCUAUGGUGGUUUCUUGCUGGGUGUCCGAUCAGUGAAUGGCUUGGCUUUCUACGACUGGGAUAAUACAGAGCUGAUUCGUCGCAUUGAGAUCCAGCCCAAACAUAUUUUCUGGUCAGACUCUGGAGAGCUGGUAUGUAUUGCGACAGAGGAAUCUUUUUUUAUCCUGCGCUAUAUGUCGGAGAAAGUGGCCACAUCACAGGAAUCAAAUGAGGGAGUUACUGAAGAUGGCAUUGAAGAUGCUUUUGAGGUCCUGGGAGAGAUUCAGGAGGUGGUUAAGACAGGUCUGUGGGUGGGAGAUUGUUUCAUCUACACCAGUUCAGUCAACCGACUCAACUACUUUGUUGGAGGGGAGAUUGUCACCAUUGCUCACCUUGACAGAACCAUGUACCUGCUGGGAUACAUUCCUAAAGACGACCGUCUUUACCUGGGCGAUAAGGAGCUGAAUAUUGUCAAUUACUCUCUUCUGGUGUCUGUGCUGGAGUACCAGACAGCUGUCAUGCGCAGAGACUUCGGCAUGGCAGACAAAGUGUUGCCCACCAUCCCAAAAGAACAGAGAACCAGGGUUGCCCACUUCCUGGAAAAACAGGGGUUCAAGCAACAGGCUUUGGCUGUCUCCACAGAUCCAGAGCACAGGUUUGAGCUGGCAUUACAGUUAGGAGAGCUCAAGAUUGCAUACCAGCUUGCAGUAGAAGCUGAGUCGGAACAGAAAUGGAAGCAGUUGGCAGAGUUGGCCAUCAGCAAGUGCCAAUUUGGCUUGGCACAGGAGUGCCUCCAUCAUGCGCAGGACUAUGGAGGACUGCUGCUGCUGGCAACUGCAUCUGGCAACGCUUCUAUGGUUGCCAAGCUUGCUGAGGGGGCGGAGCGUGAUGGCAAAAACAAUGUUGCCUUCAUGACCUACUUCCUGCAGGGAAAACUGGACAACUGUUUGGAACUUCUAAUCAGGACCAAUCGUCUACCAGAAGCAGCAUUUCUUGCUCGCACAUAUCUGCCUAGCCAAGUGUCCAGGGUGGUUAAGCUGUGGAGGGAGAGCUUGUCCAAAGUAAAUCAGAAAGCAGCAGAGUCUCUGGCAGACCCCACCGAGUAUGAGAACCUUUUCCCUGGGCUGAGAGAGGCCUUUGUGGCAGAGCAGUACCUCAGGGAGACCUGUCUCGGCCAAACCAGACCUGCGUCUGACUACCCAUUGAUCACGCCCAACGAAGAAAGGAACGUGCUGGAGGAAGCCAGUUGUUAUGAACCCAAAGGCAUCUUACCCACUCCCACACAGCAGAUGAAGGACACAGAAGAAGCCCCAUCAGAUGUGGGUGUUUUAGCUUCAGUGAUGGCAGCUGUCUCAGCUCCAGUAGUUGCAGCAGUCUCUUCCAUGAGUUCUGCAGAAUCCCAGCCUGCUCAGAAGGUUGAGGAGAAGAUAGAAGAAGAGACUCCCAAGAUUUCAGCAGCAGAACAGAAGGUUAUUGAUGAACUGGAGGACGAUUUGGAUAACUUGGAGCUGGAUGACAUUGACACCACAGACGUUAAUCUGGAUGACGACUUCUUAGAUGACUAAACCCCCAACCCUGAAGCAUUGAGUUUAUUUAAGUGACCAAACACCACCACCCCUCCCCCAAUCUUUUAUUUUUUAUUUUUAUCUAUGUUGGUCCUGCAGAGCAAGGCAAGGGUGGACUGUGCUGAAUAUGAAUAUGUCUUUUGAGAUGUAGCACAAAUGGAAAAAGAAGAAAUAAGUGUUAUUGAUUCUGAAUUUUUUUGUACUUUAUUCUUGACCUACAAUUUACAUUUUACCCCUACACCAACAUAUACAUUGAUUCUCGUGUGUUCUGUCAUGAUAAAUCAUGGUGUCUUUAUUCAUAAUAAAGACUACUAUGUUAACAAUAAAUGGUCCUGUCAUAAUACUAAGU